CUCUGAGGAAAAGAGAACCGGUAGAAGAUGGCGCUGUCCACUGCUAUUUUCUUAAGGUUUUGAAAAGGAACGCCAGGAUAGUUUUAUUUUCUUCUCAGAAUAUUUGAAAUUUGAAAACAUUUGUGGAAUUGAACGUACAAUCUAAUUAUAUGUGCCGUUCUCAUGGCCUCGGUUCCUGUCUUAGUGCAGCCAGCGACUCCUUCAACACUGCUGCAGCCGCGCUGGAAACGUGUAGUGGGGUGGUCUGGUCCAGUGCCUAGACCUCGACACGGUCAUCGUGCUGUUUCAAUUAAAGAACUUAUAGUAGUUUUUGGUGGUGGCAAUGAGGGCAUAGUGGAUGAAUUGCACGUAUAUAACACAUCAACCAACCAAUGGUUCAUCCCUGCUGUACGAGGAGACAUUCCUCCAGGCUGUGCAGCCUAUGGUUUUGUGUGUGAUGGAACUCGCCUGCUGGUCUUUGGUGGGAUGGUGGAAUAUGGGAAAUAUAGCAAUGAUCUGUAUGAAUUGCAGGCAAGCAGAUGGGAAUGGAAGAAGCUCAAAGCGAAGAUACCAAAGAAUGGGCCCCCUCCUUGUCCUCGGCUUGGACACAGCUUCUCUCUUGUUGGUAACAAGUGCUACCUCUUUGGGGGUCUGGCCAAUGAUAGUGAAGAUCCCAAGAAUAACAUUCCAAGAUACCUGAAUGACCUCUACGUCUUAGAAUUAUGUCCAGGUUCAGGUGUGGUGGCUUGGGACAUUCCUAUAACCUAUGGGGUCUUGCCUCCACCCCGAGAGUCUCAUACAGCUGUAGUUUAUACAGAAAAGGACAAGAAGAAAUCCAAGCUGGUGAUUUAUGGAGGAAUGAGUGGCUGCAGGCUAGGUGACCUUUGGACCCUAGACAUUGAGACCCUGAUGUGGAAUAAACCUAAUCUCAGUGGAGUAGCUCCUCUUCCUCGAAGUCUUCACUCAGCUACUACUAUAGGGAACAAAAUGUAUGUCUUUGGUGGUUGGGUACCUCUUGUCAUGGAUGAUGUCAAAGUAGCCACACAUGAGAAGGAGUGGAAGUGCACCAAUACCCUGGCUUGUCUUAACCUAGAUACUAUGGCAUGGGAGACCAUCUCAAUGGAUGUGUUAGAGGAUAAUAUUCCCCGAGCCCGGGCAGGUCAUUGUGCUGUUGCUAUCAAUACCCGACUCUAUAUAUGGAGUGGAAGGGAUGGCUACCGAAAAGCCUGGAAUAACCAGGUUUGCUGUAAGGACCUCUGGUAUUUAGAGACAGAAAAGCCCCCAGCUCCAUCCCGCGUACAGUUGGUUCGAGCAAACACUAAUUCUCUAGAGGUGAGCUGGCUAUCAGUGUCAACAGCUGACAGCUACCUCCUUCAAAUUCAGAAAUACGACAUUCCUCCAGCAACUGCUGCCACCUCACCAUCACCCAUUCCAGUUCCUUCAGUGCCUAUCAAUCCUCCCAAAAGUCCUGCCCCUGCUACCACAGCCCCUACCGCGCAACCCGUAACGCAAGUGGGCAUCACACUUCUUCCUCAAAGUUCUGUGACUCCCACAACCACAACCACUCUCCAGGUCUUGCCAACAGUGUCCGCCAUGACUAGAACUCAAGCAGGUAUCCCAACUGUUCUUAAAGUAACUGGCCCCCAGGCCACAGCAGGAAACCCACUAGUUACUGUCCGACCUUCCAGUCAAGCAGGAAAAGCACCUAUCACUGUCACUUCAUUGCCUACUGGUGUACAAAUGAUUGGGACAACGCCAAGCUCUCAGAGCACGGUGAUAGGCAGCAGUCCUCAAAUGAGUGGAAUGGCUGCUUUGGCAGCUGCGGCAGCUGCUACCCAGAAGAUCCCUCCAUCUGCUCCUGCAGUAUUGAGUGUUCCUGCAGGCACCACUAUUGUUAAAACUGUAGCAGUAUCACCAGGAACUACCACUUUACCUGCUACAGUGAAGGUGGCUUCCUCACCAGUCAUGGUGAGCAAUCCAGCCACUCGAAUGCUCAAGACAGCAGCUGCCCAAGUGGGGACGACUGUCUCAUCAGCUAGCAGUACUCCUACCCGUCCUAUCAUCACUAUUCACAAAUCAGGCACAGUGACUGUGGCCCAGCAAGCCCAGGUGGUGACCACUGUUGUGGGUGGAGUCACCAAGACCAUCACACUAGUGAAGAGUCCAAUUACUGUUCCAAGUGUCAGUGCUCUGAUUUCUAAUCUUGGCAAAGUUAUGUCAGUUGUACAGACCAAACCAGUACAGACUUCAGCAGUAACAGGCCAGGCUUCUACUAGUCCUGUGACACAGAUCAUCCAGACCAAAGGACCCUUGCCAGCAGGAACCAUACUGAAGCUAGUAACUUCAGCAGAUGGCAAACCCACUACCAUCAUCACAACCACCCAGGCCAGUGGGACAGGAACCAAACCAACUAUCCUAGGCAUUAGCAGUGUUUCCCCUAGUACCACAAAACCUGGCACCACAACCAUCAUCAAAACUAUUCCCAUGUCAGCCAUUAUUACCCAGCCUGGAGCAACAGGUGUAACGAGCAGCCCUGGAAUCAAGUCUCCCAUCACUAUUAUCACCACAAAAGUCAUGACCUCUGGCACUGGAACACCUGGCAAAAUCAUUACCGCUGUCCCUAAAAUUACUACUGGUCAUGGACAGCAAGGAGUGACUCAGGUUGUGCUCAAGGGAGCCCCAGGACAGCCAGGUACCAUACUCCGCACAGUGCCCAUGAGUGGAGUACGACUUGUUACUCCUGUCACAGUGUCAGCAGUUAAGCCAACAGUCACCACAUUGGUAGUCAAGGGCACCACUGGAGUUACAACAUUAGGGACUGUAACAGGCACUGUGUCUACCAGCCUUGCUGGAACCAGUGGACAUAAUGUUAGUGCUUCCCUGGCUACUCCUAUUACUACUUUGGGCACCAUCGCUACACUUUCAAGUCAAGUGAUUAAUCCUACAGCCAUUACUGUUUCAUCAGCACAGACUACAAUAACAGCAGCUGGGGCUCUUACCACUCCCACCAUUACCAUGCAGCCCAUCUCUCAGCCCACUCAGGUGACACUGAUUACAACACCAAGUGGUGUGGAAGCCCAGCCAGUGCAUGAUCUCCCAGUCUCCAUCUUGGCCUCACCUACUGCAGAGCAACCAACUACCACAGUUACAAUUGCUGACUCAGGCCAGGGUGACAUGCAGCCUGGUACUGUGACUUUGGUGUGUUCUAACCCACCAUGUGAAAUGCAUGAGACAGGUACCACCAACACAGCUACCACAAGUGUGGUAGCCAACCUUGGGAGCUUUUCACAGACCACACGUGUCCAAUUCAUCUGUGACAGUCAGGACAUUUCAACAGUUGGACAACAGAAUGGUAGUAUGAUGCAGGUCUGCUCCGACCAACCUUGUGAGACCUCUGAGGCAGGCAUUACCAACACUUCCACAGUGAUCAGUGCCAAUAUAACAAACCCUUUAAGUACGGGCAUAGGACAAAUUUUGUGCUUAAGUUCUCCGUAUGAGACCCAUGAAACAGAUAACACCAAUACAGCGAUGUCUAGUAUUAGUGAACAAAAUGUCUGCUCCAAUCCCCCAUGUGAGACUCAUGAAACAGGAACCACUAGUACAGCCACUAUAGCCACAUCUAGUAUGGAUGCCAGGCAUCCAACACCUAGUAGCCCUCAGCAUGAAAAAGACAUCUACAUAGGUCAACCUAGCAUGAGUGGAGAACUCAAAGGAUCUUGGUCUAUCACAAAGGCUUCUUGCCAAGCCAAUCAGAGUAAUUCAUCCAACAUUGCCCUGACUAUGAAAUCCACAGCAACCACCAUUCAGGAUUGCCAAAAGUUCUCUUUCAAAGAGGUCAGUACUGAUAUUGAUACUAAGGAACUAACUACACAAAGUAUUAAAGCUGAGCAAACAAGCCCAUCUUUGAUAGAGAGUAUAAUAGGUUUGAAGCCAGAAAAGUCAACCAGUUGGCAUUCUGAGUCAUAUCACAUUCACAAAACCAAUGUUCCUACCAUUGGACAGUUGAAAAUAGAUGCCCCAGAACCCACUGAAAUACAGAUAACCACUAAGCAAGAGUGCCCAGUACAUAAAGAUGAUUUGAACAACACUACUGUAACUAUGAAAGCCACAGAAAUACAGUGUCCUGUGGCUGCUAUACCUCUCCUGUGUUCUGAUCCUUUUUGUGAGACUUCUGAGACUGACACUGCUUCAACAUUGGACAAUAUUCAACAAGUAUACUACCAGCCAUCAGGUGAAAUCCAUAAAACAAGCAAAAAUACAGCCACUGUUGCAACCUCCUCUGUGGUUAUUAGUCAUCCUAAUAAUGUUCAGGAAGCAAUUCUUAGCACCACAGAGGCGAUCAUUGAGAGCCAAGAUCCUCCCUGUGGUUCCACUUCUCUCAACCAAACCUUGGAGCAAGUUUCAGAUUUGGUGGUACUGCCACUAACAGCCACAACUAUUCCCAGGAGCACACACCCCUCAGGAAUCCCAUCACCUGGACAGAAAUUCUGUUCUAAUCCCCCAUGUGAAACCCAUGAGACAGGAACCACACAUACAGCCACUACUGUCACUUCAAACAUGGGUUCCAAUGAAGCUCCUCCACCUGCUGCAAAUGGACAAGAACAAUUAGGAAUCACACAAGAAACUUCUGUGAUUACUACCAGCUCCAGUAGUGUGACAACAGCCUUCCCUACCCAGUCUCGGGCAAUGACCACUGUGACUCAGUCUACAUUGGUCCCCAGCCCUGCGGUUCCAAAUAUCUCAUUAAUGAUGGAAACACCUCCAGAGGAGAAGACUAACAAAAUUCCUGACCCAGAUGCAAUUUCAGGAACUGUGCCUAGCACAGAGGCCUCUCUUUCUGCUAUACAUGCCUUAGACACAGAUGAAGCAAAAACUACUAAGCAAGAGCAAAACUCCAAAUCACUACUAUUACCACAGCUUCUCCAUUCCACUGAGAGCUCAGUGUCACCCUUGGAGGAACAGCCCCAGCCUUCUGAGAGCCAGAUUGCUGUGAAUACAAUUAACACAAAAAAAUCUCUGCCAUAUCAGGACUCUAACAAUUCAACUGAUUUGACUGAAGUGGAUCAGUUUUCUCUGCCUCAUCAAUUAAUGGCUGAGGGACAAGUGGGCACCUCAACACUAAUGGUUUCAGGACUCUCCCCAGAAGAGCUUGCAGUCACUGCAGCAGCAGAGGCUGCAGCCCAUGCAGCAGCCACUGAAGAAGCCCAGACUUUGGCCAUACAAGCUGUGCUACAGGCUGCCCAACAAGCUGUGAUGGGUACUUCAAGGGAACAUAUGGACACAUUGGACCCAGGAAUGGCACAGGCAGAACAAGGUCACCUACCAACUGAAGCCCAAGAGGGUCAGUCUUCUGCCAUUCCCAUUGUGUUGACCCAGCAAGAGCUUGCUGUCUUGGUUCAACAGCAACAUCAGUUACAGGAGACCCAGACCCAAACACAACAGCAGCCUAUCUCUUCAGAGGCCCUGGCUCCUGCAGAUAGUCUCAAUGAUCCAGCCACUGAGAAUAGUAGCCUUAGCGAUACAGCCAGUGUUAUUACCAGCACAGUAACUCUUAUGCCUUCUGCAGGUACAGGAAGUCUGCCAGCAUCCAAUACAUUUGUGACCCUUUCACCUACAGUUGUAGCCAGCCCAGCCAAAUUGCAGGCUGCAACUACCUUGACUGAAGUAGCCAAUGGUAUUGAGUCAGUUUCGAAAACUGACUUACCAUCAUCCCCAUCUAUCAAAGUACCAGUGAAAAAGGAAAACCAGUGGUUUGAUGUAGGUGUCAUCAAAGGCACCAGCAUGAUAGUGACUCAUUAUUUCUUGCCACGUGAUGAUGCUUCAUUAAUGGAUUAUGAUUCCAGUAAUGUCUCUGACUAUAGCCAGUUUAAAAAACAGGAACUGCAACCAGGAACAGCCUAUAAGUUUCGAGUAGCAGGGGUCAAUGCCUGUGGCCAGGGACCCUUCAGUGAGAUUUCAGCCUUUAAGACAUGUCUUCCUGGUUUUCCUGGGGCCCCCUGUGCCAUUAAAAUCAGCAAAAACCCAGAUGGUGCCCAUCUUACCUGGGAACCACCUUCAGUGACUUCAGGCAAAAUUAUUGAAUAUUCUGUAUACCUUGCCAUACAAAGUUCUCAGUUAAAUGAACCAAAGAAUUUAGUCCCAGCUCAGCUAGCUUUCAUGCGUGUCUACUGUGGGCCAAAUCCUUCCUGUUUAGUGCAAUCUUCUAGUCUUUCUAGUGCUCACAUUGACUAUACCACUAAGCCUGCUAUCAUCUUCCGAAUUGCUGCCCGAAAUGAGAAGGGCUAUGGUCCUGCCACACAAGUCAGAUGGCUACAAGAAUCUGGUAAAGAUGGCUCUAAUAUGAAGCGUGCCAACAAGCGACUCUUAUCAUCUCCUGAAAUGAAAUCACCGCCAAAGAAAUCCAAGGCUGAUGGUCAAUAAAGGAAGGCUGAUUACCUAGUCCCUUAUUAUGCAGGAAGAUCCACUCUAACCUUGAUCCUCAACAAUACUUCAGAGGCACCACUUGCCACCCCUCAACUAUGUAUUGUGUGAGCUGCUGGUCAUUUUUAUCUUGUCAUUUUUGUUGGGGGCUGUUGGGGCAAGUCACAGAACACAAGUUAUUUUGAAGAAAGAACAUGUUAUCGUUGAGGUUAAGAUUCAGAAAAUGGAUAAAUAUAAUUUAACACUGCUAUAUUAUAGCUUUCCUAAUUUCUAUGAUUUUUCAAAUUAUUUUAGCUGCUAAAUCAGAUUAUUUUAAGUCUGGAAAGGAUUAGACUUUGAGGAUAAAGGUGAUGUGGUGAUGGGGAAAGGUCAUUUAGUUAUUACUCCAGUUAAUUCUUCUGGCCUGUGUUAAGUUCAACUGUUUCAUGGGAAGAUAAUUCUUCUUGCUCUUCAUUCAAAGAGAGGAUAUAUAAACACUUCCUUUUUAAAAAGACAAAGAAUUACUUGUUCUUGCUGACAGCAAAAUGGAGUUAUGUUCAUCCCUAUUUUAUUUAUUCCUAAGAAAAAUGUUUCAUCCUUUAAUAUAUAUAACAAGUAUCAAAAGUGAAUUUUCUUAUCAUUAUUCACUGUUGAGUCAGGUCCCACUUUUUUUUAUCCUUGUAUAUUUGUUUAGAUUUUUUACAUUUAUUUAACUUUAUCCCCUACUCAUUAGCAAGUCUGCAGAAAGUUUAAGAUUAUCUCUGUCUUUCCCCAAAAUCAUAUAUCUCCAUUGCUAUAUGAAUAUUACUUUCUGUGCUGAUAUCACAGCUUGAGGGUGUUUUGGGUCAUGGGCAGAUUUUCAUCAAUAAAGGUGGAAGGCCCACUAGUUAAAACCCUUUAUGAGGUCAUAGGAAGAGCUGUUCUAAUAGUAAAAAGUUGAAGUAGAUAGAAGGAUGUUACAUUUUUAUUACACUCUUUAUGUGAGGUAUUUAUUUAUUUAUUUUUUUUUAAAAAUUUUUUUUUCUAACUAUCGAGGAUGAGUUUAUAUGUGUUAUUUUAGUAGGAGCAUUGAAGGAGGAAAGCCGGUGGGUACUUGGGAACUAGAAUGAGAAAAGUAGCUUCUAUUGUAUCCACUUUGAGAACUGCCUGCAAAAGAUUCACUGACAUCAUCAAGAAAGUGUUUUGGGAGGGCAGCAGGGUGGGCUACUGAUAUAUUAUUGGAUUGGGGGGGGGGGUGUUUUUUUAAUUUUGCUCUCUUGCUUUAUCUUUUCUGAGUUAAGCACCACAAAAGAAUUUAAAGCAUAAACUCCUUUUGUAUUAUUACAAAAUGAGAGACGAAAUGCGUUUAGGUAGUUAUUCCUUUCCAUGUGGCCCCAAUCCAUAAUGAUCAGGUAUAGAUAUAUGAAAUAAUAUAUGGAGAAGAAAACAACAGAAGAAAGCUAAAUCUUGAGGAAACAUUACAUGAACAAAUUAAAGGGGGAAACUUUGCCAACUCUUAUCUAGGAUGAGUUUGUGUGUGUUUUUUUAGUAGGAUCUAGAUAGAGUUGGUGUUGAGUUGAAAAAUAUUGAAUUUAAUGAGUAUCUCAAUCAGCUUAAGGGGAAAACAGCGCAGGUUGUAAUAAGGAAUGCAUCUUAAAAUAGAAAAUUCAACAAAUUCAUAUUGUUUCUUUCUCAUCUUAAGUCACUGAGUAGGACUAAAUAAUAUAAAAAAGGUGAGGUUGUGAGAAAAACGUCUUUUAUAUCUCCUUGUUAAAAUUGUUAAUAAUGUACAGAUUCCAUUCCCCAAAUAUAAUGUUUGGAAGCUUAACAUAGAAUUUUGUCUUUAUUUCUAUUAAAUUGGAAAGGAAUGGUUGUUCCUUUCCUGCGCGCUUUUACAGUACUCAGCCCCACCAUCAUUCUUCCUUCACAAGCCCCACUGAGAUUUAGAGUCUUUUGUAUAAUAGUUAUUUCAAUGUGAAAUAUUUUACUGUUUAGUCUUGUGUUUCUAUUAGCCCGAUACACAUUUUUCUUUUGGUUUUCCCUUUCUUGCUCCCCGUCCUUACCCUUUUUAACUUCCUUUUUUUAGACAAAAAGCAUACUUUACAAUGUAGAAGAAAGAUCCUUUACUAAAUCAAUAUUAGCAUUGUAUGUUGGUUUUGUGCUAUUUUGAACAAUUAAAGAUUUUGUUUUGAAAUAACUUUUAGUGUCUUUUACUCUUCCUUUCCCAACUUCUAGUUUAGAAUAAUUAUAAUCACCCUCAAAAAGACCUUUAUAGGGAAACUUAUUUUUCUUUGCACUAUCCAAACAUAAUACCUUCGAACUAUCUCCUAGACAUUGACUAUAGUAUGCUUUUGGGAAAUCUGAAGGUGUGUUUUGACUCAAAUUAUAUAUGUGAUUUAAAGAAGUAAUAAAUAUUCCAGCUUCAUAUUUGCCUCA